GAAAUUUUCAUCAGAAUCAGUCUAUGGUCAAGGAUUGCUAAAAUAUGGUAUAGCACAUAAAGAAAUGUCAAAAGAACAGGAAAGACUUAUUGAUGGGAUUUCAAACAGUGUUUUAGAAUCGAUGGAACGAUCAUUAGUCCAGUUUAAAGAUUUUCAUGCAGCAAGAAAAAAGCUUGAAAGUCGACGAUUAUCAUAUGAUUCGGUCUCUAAUAGAUUUAUAAAAGCUAAAAAAGAAGAUUCACGUAUAGAAGAGGAAUUAAGGGCAACUAAAGCAAAAUAUGAAGAAGCUUGUGAAAGUAUAUAUAGUCGAAUAUAUUCGAUCCAGCAAGCAGAGGCUACGCAAUUAAAUGAUUUAACUCUUCUUCUUGAUUUAGAAUUCAGAUAUUAUGAACGAUGUUAUAUAAUUAUACAGAAUUUAAAAGAAUCAUGGGCAGAAAUUAAUAAUGCAUACGGAGCCAGCUCGAAAUAUGUUAAACAUCAACAAAUUUCGGCACAUGCUUUUAAUAAUGGUGGAGAAAACACUAUCAAUAGGCCAUCAUUACCAUUUCGAUCGGGAAUGAGUGCAUCAUCACUUGAAAGAAAAAUGUCAGAGAUAGAUUUAAAUAGUCCUAGACAAACAUCUUCUUUUAGAGCAACACCUACAAGAAUUCCACCGGAAUCACCAUAUUCAAUUGAGGAUGAAAACACACAAGAUACUUCAUCAUUAAAAUUGGAGCAAUCCUUUAAAACAGAUGAACAAGAUACAUCUAUGCAAUCAAACAACAGUGCGCCAGUAGUUCCUCCACGAACAUACGGAAGAUUUGAUAAAAAAGAUUAUACAUCAUCUACAAAACGUUAUUCAACAUUAAAGAAUUCAAACGUUACAAGUUUUUCUAGUACAUACCAAGAUGCUUCUGAAGAUAAUUCACCGUUUUCCGAUGAAAACAAAAACAUUUAUUCAGGAAAUCAUUUAUCUGAAUUAUCGAAUACAUUUUCAAAUUCAGACGAUCCAACCUUAAAGUCAUAUUCAAAAUCUAUAUCAGAAAUCAAGACUUUAGAAUUUCCUAUUGUAAAAACCAGAAAACCUCCAAUUCCUUCGCAAUUUUUGAAAGAUACUGAUUCAAAUAAAUUAAAUAAUACAUGCAAAAAUUGUAAUUGUGAUGAUUACCAGGAAAAUUUAUUUAAAAAAGGUCAAUGCAAUCAAUGUUUUCAUGCUCACUAAUUUAAAAUUUAUAUUUAUAUAUUCAAAACUAAUUUUUGUACAA